GUCAAGGAAAAAUUGCCAUUGUUGUUAUCACUAGAAGUGGAAACAUCUAAACACUAAAUGUAUCAUACAAGGUAAUUUUAGCAAUAAAAGCAAAUUAGAAUCAGGGUUUUACUUUUCCUCUCUUUUAAAGCAUCACAAAUUUUCACAUCCUAAUGCAUUAGGAUUAUUUCUCUUUCAGGUCACUCUAGGUUAAUAACUGAGUCACGGGCUGUCAAAUCAUUCAAAAUGAGCUGUUUCUUAUUAUCCAGUCAUUCCCUUUCAUGGAUGUUGUGAUUGAUUAAUGGCAAUAAGGGUUAGCUAAGAUCACAAACGCCAUUGGUUUAUAAUUUUUUUACACUGCAUUCACAUCUCUGAUGUCCACAGCAGGACGUUUUAAUAAAUGUAGUGGUCUUAAAUCACUGUGUGUUACAAGUUCCCGUGGACCAAAAGGUCAGGGAGAAAGGGGGGUUGAGAAUAGACAGAAGGGGGGGAGUGUCAGGGUCAGAGUGGAGUGCAGGAGAAAUAGUAUAAAACAUAGGAAGAACAUCUCUUGAAAAGGAGAGUAAAAUUAGGAAGACGCUUGUGAGGAAAUCGAGGGCAUAAGAACUUUAAAAUAUAGUUAAUUGGUGGGUUAGUGUAUUAUUUGAGUUUUUACAGUGAUUUGAUCCAUCUGGAGAAUGAAAGUGCACUGCUUGGCUCUUCUGGUACUGUUACUGUCAGCCACCAGCAUAAAGGCCUUAUGGAGGGUAAAACUGAAGAAAAUGCCCUCAAUAAGAGAAACCCUCAAAGAAAUGGGCGUCACGCCAGAUCAAGUGUUGUCUCAGAUUAUGCCAAAAAUGAAUGAACCUUCACCCAAAAAUGGCACUGCACCUACACCUCUGGUCAACUACUUAGAUACACAAUAUUUUGGUGAAAUUAGCAUUGGUUCACCAGCGCAGAUGUUCAAUGUCGUGUUUGACACUGGGUCUGCCAAUCUCUGGGUUCCCUCAGAAAGUUGUUCUCCUUUAUACACUGCCUGUUUCACCCACAACAGGUAUGAUGCUUCCAGAUCUCUCAGUCACAUUUUUAACGGCACAGGAUUCUCCAUACAAUACGCGUCUGGAAAUGUCAGAGGGUUUCUCAGCGAGGAUGUGGUUAUUGUGGGUGGUAUCCCAGUGGUCCAAGUGUUUGCCGAAGCAACGGCUCUCCCUGCUAUCCCGUUUAUCUUUGCCAAGUUUGACGGUGUGUUGGGAAUGGGCUAUCCACAUGUAGCUAUUGAUGGAAUUACACCUGUAUUUGAUCGCAUCAUGUCUCAGAGUGUCUUAAAAGAGGACGUUUUUUCGGUGUACUACAGUAGGGACCCAACACACAUACCUGGGGGAGAGCUGGUGUUGGGUGGCACAGACCCAAACUAUCACACUGGAUCUUUCCACUAUAUCAGUACCAAAGAGGUGGGCAAGUGGGAGAUACUCAUGAAAGGAGUUUCGGUGGGAGCAGAUAUGAUGUUUUGCAUGGACGGCUGUAGUGCUGUUAUUGAUACAGGCUCCUCCUACAUCACAGGCCCCGCCUCCUCCAUAUCUAUUCUGAUGAAAACAAUCGGUGCUGUUGAACUGGCUGAGGGAGGGUACACUUUGAGCUGUGAUCUGGUCAAGUCCUUACCCUCUGUGGCGUUUCAUCUCGGUGGUCAAGAAUAUCCUCUUACAGUAGAUGACUAUAUUCUUUGGCAGUCAGAGUUCGGCGAGGACAUCUGCACAGUGACAUUCAAAGCGUUGGAUGUGCCGCCCCCUACUGGUCCACUCUGGAUACUGGGAGCAAACUUCAUAGCUCGAUAUUAUGCCGCAUUUGAUCGGAAAAACAAUCGCAUUGGCUUUGCUCCAGCAGUCUGACAAUCAUUGGGUUCACUUUAACUUAUCCUAUAUUUAAGUUAUAUUGCAGUUAAUAACAUAUUAUUAUAACAAACGUACAUAAAAAAAUCUAAAAUUAUAUUUUUAUAAGAUCAGAGGCCGAUGAUAUACAGAACCUGAAUGACGAUUUAAUUCAGAGUUCUUAUUUAUUUUCCUAUAAUCCAAGUUUGGGUUAAGAUGGUGGUGACUAUCAGUAAAAGACUUGUCGUCGAUGAAUUCACAACAAAGGAAGAAAUGGGUUUAAAACCCCUUUUCUGUGGCAGAGCAGGAGGAAAUAAAAGAGAAUGUUGCAUUCCCUUGACAUUUGGUUUUAGUUUAAGUGUUUAUUAAUAGCAUUUAAAAUGACUAAGAAGCAGUUGAACACAAUAGCACACAGUAGCCUGCUGCAAAGUUUGACUAGAAAAUAGGUUCAUUGACUUUAUUUAGUAGAUUUUUGCACUAUUCAAUUCUGUUUUUGUCUUAUAAUUCCUUUUAUUUGUGUACACAAAGAAAAUAUAGAAGCACUUGUCUGUCCAAAUAAUGAUUGCAACACAAUAUAAAUGCACUUAUGUUCAGGUUUGCGUUCAGUACAUGUGUGUAUAGUAGUAAAUUCAUAUCAAUAUCUAUAAACUGGUUUCACAUAUAAUAAUGUUAUACUCAUGUCCUUUAUUGUGUGAAUUAUAGACUUAUUGAGUGAAUUAUCUUAACAAAAUAAACAAACAUUACUGCACGUACGCACUUUUGUGACCCCCAACUCAACUUCUGGUACAGAUUCCCAAACAAUAUAGUGUCUGUAGAUUAUCUCAAUAUAAUCAAAAGAAACCGAGGAGAACCGUUACUUGGCUAAACUUUCCUUUCCAAUAUUUUGAAUUUAUGUCGAUGUCCCAUACGGUUUCUUUAAAUGCGACCAAACUGCAGGUCCCAUUCUACAAAUUGUUUAUUAAAUACAAUAAUUCAAAUUAAUAUGAACAAAAAUUAAAUAAAAUAUAAAUAGUUACAUUAUUAGACACUAGCCCAACACAAACCAGAAGUUAACUGGGGGUCAGACGCGUGUCCGAUGAAACGGUCUAGAACCGUGAAUAAGUCAAAUGCAACUGGACCUUUUUUCAUUGCUUGUGCAUCUUUCAACAUCCCAAUCCAAACAACAUGUUGGACAGCAAUCAGAGGUCAGAUGCAUUGAAAUAUAAUAGGACAUUUAAAUGUUAGUUUGUAAACUAAUGGUACUGUUGUAAACUGAAGGUACUGUUGUAACUAACUGUACUGUUUUGACAAAAUGUUUGUAUGCUCUCCAACUUGUAAGGAUAAAUGAAUAAAUGUAAAUGUCCCUGUGACCAGCCUCAUCAAAGAGGCAAAGAUAAGUCUCACUUGAAAGUGCUACAAAACAUCCGGCCUAGCCAACAGCCGGAGAGCAUCUUAA